AUGCUAUUAACCGAGUAUGACAUCCAGUAUGUAACUCAAAAAGCUAUCAAGGGGAGUGUCUUGUCUGACUACCUUGCCCAUCAACCUAUUAAGGGAUACCAACCAAUCAAGGUUGACUUUCCUGACGAGGACGUCAUGUUCAUUAGGGACUGCAACAUUCCAGGCCCAAACGAAGGACCCAAACCAGGAGCAUGGUGGACGCUCGUGUUCAACGGUUCCUCUAAUGUGAAAGGCCUUGAAAUAGGAGCAGUAAUUACAUCUUCAACUGGUUUUCACAUUCCAUUCACCGCCAGAUUAUCUGUUGACUGCACAAACAAUAUGGAAGAAUAUGAAGUAUGUGUCUACAGUAUUGAAGCACCCAUCGAUUUAAGAAUCAAGAUUCUUGAAGUGUUUGGAGACUUUGCUUUAGUAAUCAGUCAAGUCCGAGGAGAUUGGGAAACUCGGGAUAAGAAGUUGAUUCCGAACAGAGAACACAUUGUAAAGUUGAUUCCUUAUUUGGAUGAAAUCACUUUUCAUUAUAUUCCAAGGGAAGAGAAUCAGUUAGUAGAUGCUCUAGCCACAAUUUCAUCCUUGUUUAAAGUCAAGUGGAAGAACGAAGCACCUGUCGCCUGCAUUUACCACUUGGGUGAACCAACUUACUGUCUAGCAAUGGAGGCCAAAUCCGACGAUAAGUCUUGGUUCUAUGACACUUAG